UUAUCAACAACUGCUAAUAAGUUACUGCAACUUAAACCAAACGGCAAACGCCCAUGAAUUCGACCUUGAAUGAUACUGAAACACAAGCAAUAAACCCAGUUAACUAUCGCAGGAUAUAGUGACAACACGUAAGGAAGAGAAGCUGCUAAGAGACCGAGUUAACUCGGUACCAAUCGUUCUCCGUCAAUCAUAACUCGGUACCUUCUUUCUCCAAAUUAUAUAGUAGCAUUCAGCUAGUGAAUCAUACAUGUUAGGCAGCCGAGCUCGUAUUCACCUUAAUGGGUGGCAGCAGGCUGCUGUUGCAGUUGGAUCUGCAGUUGGGGCUUUAUUGGACCCACGAAGAGCAGAUUUGAUAGCUGCGUUAGGGGAGACUACUGGGAAGCCUGCUUUUGAGAGGGUUCUUGAAAGAAUGAAGAGAAGUCCCGAGGGCAGGGCAGUGCUACUGGAUCGUCCCCGUGUCAUUUCUGAGAAAGUGGGACAUGCAUGGGAUUUACCAUCCAACACUUUUGGUGCUGCAUAUGCAAGCUUUAUGGGAUCCAGGAACUUUUCUCCAGAUGACAGGCCGCCGGUUCGGUUCAUGGAAACAGACGAGUUAGCGUACGUAGCUAUGCGUGCACGUGAGGUGCAUGACCUUUGGCACACCCUGUUUGGUCUUCCCACCAAUUUGAUUGGUGAGACAGCACUAAAGGUAAUAGAAUUUGAGCAAAUGCUACUCCCAAUGUGCGUGAUGUCUGUGGUGGGAGGAACAGCAAGAUUCAGCGAGAAGCAGAGAUCAUUGUUUUACCAAGACUAUUUUCCAUGGGCCAUACGUGCUGGUAUGAAAAGCACAGAUCUGAUGUGUAUAUACUAUGAGAAGCACUUCGAUGAAGAUUUGGAAGAUGUUCGGAAGAAAUGGGGAAUAAUUCCUGCUCCUCAGCCCCAUGUUGCUAAAAGCGUCUAGUUAAUCUUUAGGUGGAAGGAUAUGGUCAGACUCGAGUUUUCUUCUGUAUUUGCAUGUAUGUAUAUCAGGUGCAACAUUGUAACUGGCUCGAUUAUGGUUUCUAAAUUCUACUACAAGAAGUAAUAAUCAUCUCUGUAGAAUCCCGUAUUACAUAUAUGCAUAUUACUUAUUCA